AUGCCUGAGCACGAAUCUCUGAAGAAGGAGUAUGGGCAAACGAAGAUCGAGCUUGCCUCAUCAUCGCAGCACUCGCUUGAGUAUGGGCAGAAGAAGAAUCCAAUCAUCGGACGCAUCCUCCGCGCAGCCGGUUGGACGGACGCCGACAUCGACAAAAAAGAGCGUCUCGACUACAGAGUACCCAGAGACGACCUUCCAUACUGA